AUGUCGACAGCAACAACAACAGCAAUAAUCAAUACAGUCACUCGCUGGCUUAACUAUGUUGUUGCAUUACCGAUGAUAGUUUUUGGUAUUAUUGGAGCAAUAUUAACUGUUUUCGUCUUUACAAGACAACCAAAAUUUCGUCAAAAUCCAACAAUUAUUUAUUUACUUGCUGGUGCAGUGAUCACAGCUGUACAUUUACCAUGUAAUUAUUUACAAAGUACACUUGUUGAUGGUUUUGGACUCGGAUUAUUCAAUGUUAAUAUCGCAAAUUGUCGUCAACAAAAUUAUUUUCGAUAUAUGCAAGUAGUAUCAGCCAUAUCAUUUCCUUGUUGGGCUGCUUUUGAUCAAUAUGUAAGUACAUGUCGUGAUGCAAAUGUUCGAAAUCGUUGGAGAUCAAUGCGAUUAGUUCGAUGUGCCAUUAUUGGAACUGUUCUCUUCUGGACAAUUGUUUAUUUACCAUUAAUAUUCAAUAGCAUUAUCAUAAAUGGUAGUUGUACUUUAAUUGAUAAUCCAUAUCGAAAAUUUCUCAAUUUUGUUUUAACACCAUUUGUUUAUACAAUUGGUCCAAUUACUUUAAUUAUUGUAUUGACACGAGGAACUAUUCGAAAUCUUCGUUGUACAAAUCUUGGUCAACAUCGAGAUCAUUUAACAAAACAAAUUCGUCGAAUGCUUGUUCCACAAUUAAUUGUUCUUGCUAUAUCAGGUAUACCAUUUGGUUUACAAAAUAUUUAUACAGAUUUAACAAGUUCAAUACAAAAAGAUUCUCUUCGAAAAGCAAUUGAAUUAUUCUUUCUACAAAUUGUUCGUUUAUUUUAUCAUUGCAAUUUUGUAUGUACAUUUUAUAUUUAUUGUUACACUUCAAAUGAAGUUAGACAUGUUCUUAAACGAUACGUGCGUCGACGUCUUCGAAGAGGUCAAGUUGAACCAACGGAUGUUUCAAUUAACAAUUCUUUUACUCUUCAAACAAUGAAAUCUACUUAUCAUACUUAA